AUGGUGUUCGUUAAGCCUACUGUCGGAAUCUCUCGUCUUGCUGGUACAGCAUUCAAAUCUUUCACCCACGGAUACGCCCAGACUGUCGUCGCCGCUUCUCAGUCUUCCUACGCUUCUCAGAAUACCGGUGUUACACCUCUCGCGAGCAACUGGAUCCAUCGCAUUGGCGGAAACACUAGCACAUCUCAAGUUCAACAUGUGCCUACACACGCUAGCACUCAGGCAGCCCGCCAGGACAACAACCACAACGAUGGUCUAGCUCAGUACUACGAGGCAUGGCACAAGCACCACAAGAACGGCGACCUUCGCGAAUGGCAGCAGUUCCAGUUCCAGAAAUUGAUCGGAUACCCUGGCACAGGAGCCGCUGAGAGCAAGGAGCUGGACGAUGUUCAGGAGAGCAGCGCAAUUGAAGAGGUGGAUGAGAGCCUGGAAGAUUCGCCGCAACGAGGAAGCCUGAAGCGCGCAUACACUACCAGCGCCGUCGACAAUUUUGACAAGGCCAUCGACAAUCAAGAGGCUGCCGCUCUCGCAUUCGCUCAGGUGAAUGAAGCAAUUGCCGAGGAGAUCAGCAAGACCAAGCAGGAAGAUGUCCACGAAGAGCUUUCUGGUCUUGCUCACGACCACACCAAUGCCGCCCUCAUCUCCGAGGUCGAUGCGUACACACAGGAACUGGAAUCGAUGCUCCGCGACAAGCAGUACUCACGCAUUCCUAGUACCUUCGAGUCUAUGCUAUAUGCUGGUGUCAAGCAACCCCCUGCUUCAGCUUACCGUGCUCUGAUGACUUCGGCUAUCGAGCUUACCAUUGGUAGACACCAAAAGGUUCCCAAGGCUUUGGAAGUUUACUCGGACAUGCUCCGCCGUAGAGUGGUCCCGGAUGCAGAGACUUAUGCUGCCCUCAUCGAUGUUCUGGCAAGCAGAGCUCUGGAAGCUUCGGCCACCAAGAAAGUUCUUGAAGAGAAGCGCAAGCGUUACGGUGGUAUGGAGGCCGAGGACAGCUUCCUCUUCCAUUCAGAUGCGCUGGAAUAUGCCAUUUUUGCAGAGGAUGAAUCCUUGAGCAUCGCCUUGACUACAUUCAACUCGGCAUCAACAAAGGUCAACAUCUCAACCACAUCUUAUGGUCUCCUGAUUCACGCAUGUGCCAUGCAAGGGCGUGUUUCUGAUAUGACGCGUCUGUUCGAACACAUGUCUGACAAAAACAUCGUUCCCUUCGCAAACAUCUUCCCGGCCAUGAUCAACGCGUUCUCGUCUGCAGGAGACUUGCGCAACGCCGUGGACUGCUACGACCACUACAAGAAAUUGGCCAUGGAGAACGAUGCUGGUCUGAACAGCAUGUCCAGAAUGGAUGAAGCUGUUUACUCUUCCUUGAUCAAGGCAUAUGCUGCUUGUCAACACGCAGCCGGUGGUCAGAAGUUCCUGGGUGUGAUUGAGUCCCAGGAGCCCAACGCCUUCAAGCGUCAAGCACUCCGUGACACUGUUCACGUCGAGUCGUUCCUUCCUCUCUCGCUUCAAGCUGGCAACUACAAGGAAGCUUCUGCCAUUCUCGCUAACAUCUCAAGCGCCGCUUCCGUCCACGCUCUCAACAAGAUUGCCAUUGCUGCCGCUGAUGUCAACAACUCGACCGAGAGCACCAAGGCGUUCAACGCUCUGGCUUCGAUGGGUGCGGACCUCGCUCCCUCUGCCAUGGCCAUGCUUGCGAUGCACAUUCGCAAUGCAAACCUCGACGCUUCUGAACCCUACUGGCGUGUACUUGAGAACUCCAUGGCUAAUCCUUCCUUCAUUGAGCCAACCACUAUUCGCGCUCUUGCUCUCAUCGGCGUUGGUGCUGCAACCCGCGGGCUCGCACAAACCCGCUACAUGUUGAGUCGUAUCAGAGCCACUCAGAGUUCGGCAUCUGCAAAUCAAGACAUUGCUGAAAAGGUUGAAGAAGUCAUCGAGGUUCUUGGCGACUUUGCACUGAGCAACAACCGCAAGCUUGAGAUCGGUGCUAGCAUCGAGCUCCUGCGCAUGAUGGUUGACAACGGUGCUCUUGUCGACCCCAUGGCCGAGCAUCUCGUUGCUUCCUUUGGUCCUCAGGAAAUCUCGCAGCUCAACCCUGGUGACAUUGGUCUGUUGACCAAGAUCCAAUCACGCAUGAUCCUAGAUGAGUCCGCCCCUGGAAUCGCUGGCGAUGCCAGAUUCGCUUGUCUCCUCGAAAACAUCGUCUCUCGCACCAUUCUUCCCGAUGUCUCUACCGAAAACUUGAUCGAGAAGACUUUGAUCAACCUGGACCGUAGCGAUCUCAGCCGUCUCUGGAACAACUACCGCUACCCUGUUCUUCCUUCUCCCGUCUACCCGCCCGUUGUUAACUUCAACCCUUUCGCCCAACCUCCUCCGGCACCUGUCUCGCCUGUUUUCGAUGAUGCGUUUGACCCUUACGCCGGCCGCACUGACAACAAGGCCUCAGUGGCCAUCACUGAUCUUCUCGAAAAGCCUCACGGAAAGUCCGCAGCCUACCUCAACGAGGCUCUGGCCAAGUUCCGCAACGUCCGCCGUGCUGGUCGCGUCCCAAGAUUCUUUGCUUACGCAAAGCUGAUCACAGCUGCCGCUAAGGAGAACCAAUUCAACCUCUGCCGCGACAUCCUCGAGAUGGCCAAGCAGGAUGUUCCUUUCCUUCCUCAGUACCGCGUAGUCAGAUUUGGAUGGGUCUCGAUCCUUGAUUCCAUGCUCUCGGCCUGCCUCAAUGUAGGUCGUCGCGACCUUGCUGCUCAGUACCACCAAGACUUGCUUGACAUGGGAGCUUCUCCUUCUGCCAACACCUACGGCCUGUACAUCACCACUCUCAAGGAGAACACCAAGACCUUUGACGAAGCCACCGAAGCAGUCAGAAUAUUCUUGCGUGCCAAGGCUGAGGGUGUCGAGCCUACCUCCUUCCUCUACAACGCAUUGAUCGGCAAGCUUGGCAAGGCCCGUAGAAUCGAUGACUGUCUGUUCUACUUUGCUGAGAUGCGCAACCUCGGUAUUCGUCCUACCUCUGUCACCUAUGGGACUAUCGUCAAUGCUCUUUGCCGUGUCAGUGACGAGAAGUUCGCUGAGGAGAUCUUUGAGGAAAUGGAGGCCUGUGCCAACUACAAGCCUCGUCCUGCACCUUACCACAGCUUGAUGCAGUACUUCUUGACUACCAAGCGCGACCGCAGCAAGGUGCUAAGCUACUACGAGCGCAUGCGUGCUAAGGGUAUUCAGCCUACCAUGCACACUUACAAGCUUCUCAUUGACACCCAUGCCACUCUUGAGCCUCUAAACAUGGCUGGAGCAGAGACUGUUCUCGCAGAGAUGCGUGCUGCAGGCGAGAAGCCCGAGGCUGUUCACUAUGCUGCUCUCAUCCACGCCAAGGGCUGCGUACAACAAGAUAUGGCUGGUGCUCGUGCUCUCUUCGACACCAUUGCCUCGGAUUCAACCGUCAAGCUUCAGCCUUGUGUAUAUCAAGCCAUGUUUGAGUCUCUUGUUGCAAACCGUCAAGUCGCUGAUGCCGAGCCUUUGCUCGCUCACAUGGCGUCUCGUAGAGUCGAGAUGACUCCUUACAUCGCCAACGCACUGAUUCACGGUUGGGCACUGGAGAAGGACAUUGUGCGUGCUCGCCAAGCCUUUGACCGUGUCAACUUUGCCGACCGCGAGCCUAGCACAUACGAGGCUAUGGUUCGUGCUCACCUUGCUGUCGAGGACCGCGAGGGUGCGCAAGCCGCUGUUGGCGAGGCGCUCAGUAGAGGAUACCCUGCUGCUGUUGCCAACAAGAUUGUCGAGCUCAUCAGUGGUGGCAGACAAUAA